AUGGCAUCCUACCAAGCACCAAAAUCAUCAUCACGAAUCAAUGAGAAGCACAGGGCUGCAAUAGAUGAGCUGAAGAAGGAGCUCGGGGCAAAUGAAAGCCCCUUAAGCGAUGCGCGAAAUGCAAAAGCUCAGGCUACCACAAAGGCCUCUAUGUUGAAUAAUGGCGUGGGAACCAUAAAAUUCCAGGAGAAGAAAGAUUGGUCCGGUUCGAUCGUCGGAUCUAUCCCUCCUACAAUUCAAAUAAACAAGUCUGGUAAGUUUUCUCACAGAGGCACCCCUCCUAAGGACUCAAAUGGAUCCAUGGAGCUUGGUGUACGUUGGUCCCAAUGUGCAAGUGGGCCAGAUAAUUGUGCCUGGAUCAUGGCUUGGAGCACUCCUGGUGAUGGCACUGAAAACAAGGCAAAUUCUCUUUAUCCAUCUUUAUUGUUAUCAUAUUUCAUCUUACUUAUAGUCACUGUCAUCGCAUAA